AUGACACUGUCGACCUUUCAUGGGGCCGACACUGCGGUCUUCAAGACGAUCACCUACGACAAACCUGCCGCGACCGCUAGCUCCACGAUCGUCCCCGUACAGAUCCACUUGAAUCUCGAGAGAACGGUAGCGGUGGAACUUGAUGAGCUGGAGCGUCAGAAUGCCUCAAGUCACCGAAGUAUCGCGACGGGGGCCGGCUGGGUGGAGAACAGUUUGCUGAUUCUCGAGUCUCCCGAAGCUCCUCUGUUCGAUAUCGUGCGGUACAGCGAUUAUCCUCUCGUUCUCAGUUGCCAGCCGGUUGAAGGAAAACUCCAGUUACAAGCUUGGUGCAAUGAAACUGGGCCACAAGAAUGGCUUGCGACCCAACUUCUUCGCCACUUCGCGUUCGUUCUUCAGAACGUCCUCGCCCACCCAGAGGCGAAACUAACCGACCUGCCCACCAUCUCCUCCGAGGACUACUCGCAAGUGUUGGAAUGGAAUCGAGAACCUCCUAUCAAUGUCAAUGCCCGGCUUCAGGACCUGAUCGCCAAGGAAACACUGGCACACCCGGAGAGCCCGGCGGUUUGUGCAUGGGAUGGUGAUUUUACCUACAAGGAGCUGGACGGGCUCUCGUCCCACCUGGCUGCCCAUUUGGCGCAAUUAGGAGUCGGACCGGAGACCUUCGUACCUAUUGUGUUCGAAAAGUCCAAGUGGAACAUGGUUGCUACGCUGGGUGUUAUCAAGGCAGGCGGUGCCUUCGUCCCCCUGGAUCCUGGCCAUCCCAUCCAGCGCUUGCAAGACAUUUGCCGACAGACCAAGGCCAAGGUGGCAGUGGCCUCCAGCAAGACAGAGGCACUAGCGACGAGCCUCGCUCCCGCCGUCGUGCGCGUAGGUGAAGAGGAUUUGACCUGGCGUGAGAAUGAUGGAAUCGUGCCCGAGCCCGCUGCCGGCCCCGACAAUGCCCUCUAUGCAAUCUUUACCUCCGGAACCACCGGUAGACCCAAGGGAGCGGUGCUGGAGCACCGCCAGUUUUGCUCCAUCGUGGGCCCCAUGAUCGAGCGUACCGGACUGAACCGGGAGUCUCGCGCCUUCCAAUUCUCCUCUCAUGCGUUUGAUUUGAGUGUGGGAGACAUCCUUGCAACUCUGGUGGCCGGCGGGUGUGUUUGCAUACCGUCUGACCUAGACCGGACGAGCAAUCUCGCGGGCUCAGCAAACACCAUGAAGGUCAACAUCAUGACGACCACCCCUUCAGUACAUCGGUUAUUCAACCCCGCAGAUGUACCCACCCUGAAGACCAUCAUCUCGUGCGGAGAAAUGUUGACGGCAGCGGACCUGGAGCACUGGCGCGGCAUUGUGCGCAACUGCUGGGGUCCGGUCGAGACCACCAUCAUUUGCACAGGCAAUAUUACCCCGCCAGACAACCGCAACAUUGGAGAUGCAUUUGGUUGCCGUGUUUGGGUGGUGGAUCGUAAUGACCACCGCCGCUUGCUUCCUAUCGGCGCCGUGGGCGAGCUGCUCGUGGAAGGGGCCAACGUGGCCCGAGGCUAUCUAAAUGAGCCUGAGAAAACUGCUGAAGUCUUCGUCGAACGUUCUUCCUGGAUCCCGCGCGCUUCAGAGGAGCACGGUCUCCGACAGUAUCGGACUGGCGAUUUGGCCCGUUAUAAUCCGGAUGGGACUUUACAUUUCGUCGAGCGAAAGGACACCCAGGUGAAGCUCCAUGGGAACCGGAUCGAGCUAGCUGAGGUCGAAUAUCAUCUGCAGAGCUCAUUCGAGAAGGUAGAUGAUGUGAUCGUGGACAUCGUUAGCCCACCGGCACGUGGUAAUCAUCAGAUCCUGGUUGCGUUCGUGCUAGAGCCUCGUCGCCGCUCCACUGAGACAGCAAUGCUUCUCCCUCUUGAUGAGCAGUUUCGACAAGCAUGCACUGAGGCUGAGGAAAGAUUGCGGUCUCGUGUCCCAUCGUACAUGGUUCCAGGCGCCUUCAUUCCUGUGUCGCAUAUGCCACUCACCAUCAACGGGAAAAUUGAUCGAAGGAACCUACGCGAGACUACAGCAGGGCUAUCUAAGGAGGAGCUCGACGUCUACGCUGCCAAGGGCCGCAUCGACACGCAGCUCUCCCAGAAGCGUCAGCCACAGACGGAGCGCGAAGUGCUGUUGCAGAAGCUUGUAGCUGAAAGUAUCGAGGCAGAGCCAUCCACUGUCGGCAUGGAAGACAACUUCUUCUUCUUGGGUGGUGAUUCCACUACAGCCAUGAAACUAGUUAGCCUGGCUCGUGAGGCAGGAAUGCACUUCACGGUUCCUGACCUAGUCUCUCACCCU